GACGCGAUUGGCUGGCUGUGUGGGCGCGUGCCGUGUUCAAACUGCAUCGAGGGGCGGGACGGUUGGAGACGGAGUGGACAAGGAGCCGGGAGAAAGAGUGGGAGCGUGAUAUCGUGUUUGCAAAGCGUAAAAGGAGGGGAGCGGAGGAGUUCAAAUAGCACCGAGGAAAUCGUAACUUUGGAGAAGGCAUCCCAAAAAUGACGACUGUUUCAGAGUUGGAAGAUGUAAUCCAGCAGCUUCGGCAGCAGCUCCAGGAGUCAGAAAGUGAGAGGAUGAAGGCAGCUCAAUAUGGACUGGAGCUGCUGAAAAAUGAGGCUGAACUGGACAACAAAUUGACAGAAACAACAAAUGAAUUUGCUACUGUCCGAGAGCACUUGGAACAGGAAAAAUAUUCACUACAGAGAGAGGUGGAACUCAAGAAUCGUAUGUUGGACAGCAUGAGUUCAGAUAUUGAAAGUAGCAAACAGCAAUAUAAAACUCAGCUGAACCAACAACUGGAACAGCUAGAGAGAGUUCAUGCUCGUGAAAUUAAUGAGCUGAAGAACAAGUUGGAAAAGCAGAAAUCUGAGCUGGAUGAAGCACAGCUCUGCGAGAAGCAGUUGAGACACAAACUGGAUCGACAGAGUGAAUUACUUAAUGCGAAGACUGAAGAAUUGAGGAACUUAUCUGAGCGUGCACAGGAAACCAUGUCAUCUGAAGUGAUGAGUCUUCAAAUGGAGAACAUUGAACUUGAAACUGCAAAGGGGAAACUGCAAGAAGACCUUAAUGAAAUGAUAUACCAUCAGGAACAGUUGGAGCUAGCUAAUAAUAAUCUUCAGCGCCAGGUUGAACGACUUCAAGAGGAGAAGGAGGACCAAGAGAAAGAGACAGUAUCAUAUUGCAAUGCAUUGGAGAAAGCACGAGUGGCUAACCAGGAUCUCCAGAUCCAGUUGGAUCAGGCAUUGCAAGAGGCUCGUGACCCCAACAGUAAAGGGAACUCGUUGUUUUCUGAGGUUGAAGAUCGUAGGGCAAUGAUGGAGCGACAGCUUAUUGGAUUGAGAGUCCAAUACCAGUCGUUGCAGAAACAGCAUGCGUUCUCCCGUCAACAACUUCACCGAAUGAAGGUACAGAUAGCCACAAUGUUACAAAUAAAGGGUUUGCAGUCUGACCCUGGACAACUUGAACGUUUGCAAUCGAUGCUUGCACAAAAGAACAAUGAAAUUCAAGCUCUCGUGGUCAAACUGCGACGUCUGGAGAAAAUGGAGAUGAAUUACGAUGCUGGGGAUAAUCCUAAUGGAGUUGAUAUUUCAGAUUUUGGAGAUGGGCAAUACUACGUUGAAUUGCUAAAACUGCAAAUUGACAAUGCCAAGAAAGAAAAUAAGACUGUUAAUGAUGAGCUGUCCUUGCAACGCAUGAAGGCUCUUGCAGAGAGUCAACGUGUCUUAGAAGUUGAACGUAAAUUCUAUGCCAAUGAGAGACAACUGAAACAAUAUCAGAGUGAGAACAUGAAACUUCGAAUCAAACUGGAUGAGUUGAGGCUCAAGUAUGAACCUGAAGAAGUUAAGAACCGGCCAUCAAAUCGCAAGAAGGAGAAACUUCCAUUUGAAGUACUUGAAGCUCAACCAGCAUCAAACAAGGAUCCUGCUGCUGAAGCCACUCUCUCGUCUGAUAAAAUAUCUGAUGCCAGAAGCAGACAGACUGAUGCACUGCAUAAUGAGACUUUAGCUUCAUGCUUUGAACCAGUCAUUCAAGCAGUGCCAGCCUCGGCCAGUGAGGAACAAAUUUCAGAACUGGAACCAGCUUGUAAACAGUCACCUUCUAAAGAAGGCAAGCGAAUACGAAUCUUGCAAGAAGUGAAUGAGGUUCAAGUUUUGUCUGAACGGAGCCACAAUGAAGUCGCUAGGCCAUCACCCUCUCCAAGGGUAUCCAAGAAUGAUGUGAAGCUAGAAAAGCCAGAUGAGGAAGAAAUUGAUGAAGCAGAAGAGCUGAAACAGAAGAAAAGAGUUAAGCGUCCAAAGUUGCACCCAAUCAUCCAUGUGUCAUCUCAGCCCACCGUUGAAUCUCAGUGUGCCCAACAGUAAACAGAAUAUUCUUCUGGUAUUGAAUACAUAAGUGCUCUAUUCAAGAUAAGUCUGGGAGAGUAUGUAAGCACAUUGUACAACUUAAUGAGCUGGCUCUUUGGAACUUGCAAAUCAUUUGUGCAUUAGGCACUUUAAAUUAAACUUAAUGUACAUCUCUGUGCUAUUGCUGAUCGGAGAUGCUAG